UUGUGCAUAGCAGUGAAAGAAUGGAGAACAUAACACCAAGCGAGCUUGCAGGUUUUGGAGUUGGGACUUUCCUCCUAUGCGCCACCAUUGCUGCGCCGAAGGUCGAUGCUUUCAUCUCUGCCUCUCAGCGCAGCUCUCUAGGUAUGUGCAAGAAAUGUGGCAAUCUUAGGAUGAUAGCAUGCGCAAAAUGUAAAGGUGUUGGGUUAAUCAGAGAAGGCUCACUAUUCGGUAUAAGUUUAGGGGAUGAAUCAAAGGUAAGAUCUACUGCAUGUGUUAAUUGUCAAGGCAAAGGUCAAUUUAGCUGCCCUGAAUGUUCGAAAUCCUCGGCUUGACAAUCCUCAAUGUCAUGUAAAAUCAUUAUCACUAGAAAUAUUUCUUUUUAUGGCUAGAGCACGAGGCAUGUCCACUGUCCAGUUUGUACCACUUGUAUAGGAUAAAGAAGCUCACAAACUGGUAAUAUAACCAGAGUUUUCCAAUGUGGUUAUUCUAGUUUGUAUACUCAUUCAAAUCUGAUUCGUAUAUUGGUCUUACAAAGUAUGCACUGGGGAAAAUUUUAUUAUUUGUGAUUGAAUUA